AUGUUGAUGUGUAUCAGAAACACGCACGUGGCCGCCUUGGCACUUGUUGCUCUUGCAUCGCAAGCGAGGGCCGACUGCACCCCUCAGCUGCCUACUGUUGACCUCGGAUACGCCGUUCACCAGGCCACCUACAAUGAGUCGGGAGGGCUGUUCACCUUUUCCAACAUCCGCUACGCGACGGCGCCCCGGUUCGGAGCUCCCGCCCCGGUCACCGUCGUGAAUCGCACAGUCAACGACGGUCAGACGCCGGGAAACUGCCCAAUGGGGAGCCCCCCAUGGCUCAGUCUGUCUCCCCAAUACCAGGCGGGACAGCUGACUCUGGACCAAGUCAACGCGACCUUUGCCGGGAUCCGAGGCUUGAGCCCGUCUUCGGACCCGUCCUUGAUCAAGCAGUACCUCAACACCCCCAUCACGGUGCCCGCUUCCACCAUCACGGAAGACUGCUUAAACUUGGAUGUCGUGGUUCCGGAGAAGAUAUUUAAAAGCGCGAACAAUGUCUCGGGUGCUGGCGCCCCCGUUCUUGUGUGGAUUUACGGAGGCGGAUACACCGUCGGCGACAAGAACUAUUGCGGCAACCCAGCAACGCUCAUUGCAAAGUCCCAAGAAGACGGCUCGGACGGCAUUGUCUACGUCGCCCUGAACUACCGACUCGGCCUCUUCGGCUUCAUCUCCGGCACCGAGUACGAGGAGCAGGGCGGCGUCUCCAACAUUGGCCUCCGCGACCAGCGGUUCGCGCUGCAAUGGGUCCAGGAGAACAUCCAUCUCUUCGGGGGAGACCCGGACAACGUCACGGUCCUGGGAGAGUCCGCCGGCGCCGGUUCCAUCUUGCACCAGCUCACGGCCUACGGCUCGACCAGCGGCGCCCCCUUCCGGCGCGCCGUCCUCCAGUCUCCCGGAUUCGAGUUCAUCACCGGGAACGGCAGCAAGGCGGCGGGGAAGUAUGCCAGGGCGCUUGAGUGGGCGUCCUACUUCAGCAACUCGAGCGUCGGCACCCUCGACGACCUCAGGAAGCUGCCGUACGACGUGCUCGACAAGGUCAACCAGGUCACCAUUUCGACCGCGUACUGGGGCGGGUUCGGCUGGGGCCCCACGGUCGACGGGGACUUUGUACCGGACCUCCCCGGCCUUCUCCUUUCCCAGGGCAGAUUCGACUCGUCCGUGGCCGUGUUGGGCGCCCACAACAGCGACGAGGGCUUCAUCUUCGCCUCGCCGCUCAUCGAGGACGAGGAGGACUACGUCUCGCUGCUCCUGACGCCUCUCCUCCCGGACGCGUCCGACGAGGUUGUCGACUACAUCACCACGCAGCUCUACCCGGCCGUGUACGACGGCACGCACCCCUGGACGACGCCCCUCGCGCGCGCGUCCGCGACCGUCGCGGACACGUGGUUCAUCUGCAACAACUACUUCCUCAACAAGGCGCUGGGCGGCGUCGCGUACAACUACCUCUUUGACGUGCCCCCGGGCCACCACGGCAACGACAUUGGCUACACGUUCUACAACGGCGAGACGACCUACAACGGGCUGCCGGUAAACGCUUCCGUCACGGACACGCUGCAGGCGUAUCUUACGGCGUUCGCCAAGACGGGGAGCCCGAAUCAAGAUGGUCUACCGGAGGUGCUCCUCUAUGGGGAUGACGCGGCUGUCGUGUCUCUGUACAAUAGGACGACUGUUGUUGACACCGCUGUAGCGGAGAGAUGUGACUGGUGGCAGAAGGCGUUGUUCAGGUAG